AUGUACUGCAGAUCAUUAAUCUUGCUUUCUCAAUUGUCUAUAAAUAAAGCGCAUGUGUUCAAUCGAUGUGUCAUUGCAUCUUGCACUCAUCAACUACUAUUUCCCUCUCAACAACAAAAUCGUUUUUUAGCUCAAAAUACUGCUUCUAAGCCGGCACCUGGUCGUAUACGUCGAUUUUUUCGUUGGAUCACAGGAAGAUCGAAACCGAUUGAAACGAAGACGAUCAAUUUUGCAGCAUCACCGGCACCGCCGCCGACAACGAUGCAACGAGUUAAACGUUUCCUUGCUCUUUCACCGCCAAUCGAACGGCUUCUUCUACAUUCACGGAUUAUCGAAAACGAAGACUUAGCACGGCUAAUAUCGAAAACAGUUGCCGUCACGAUCUAUGCAUUUAUUAGUGUUAGUGUAUUAGGAACACUUGGUGUCGAUACAAAACCAUUAUUGGCUGGUAUUGGUAUAACUGGUUUCACCAUUGGUUUUGCUUUGAAAGAAGUGGCAACGAAUUUUAUCUCAGGUAUAUUUCUCGUCAUUAGUAAACCAUUUGUACGCGGAUGUCGAAUUAAAAUUCACGGAAGUGGGGGUGGAAUCGAAGGUCUCGUCCACUAUAUCGACGUGCGAUACGUACAUCUCAAAACUAAAGAUCGUAAGCCAUUGUGGUUGAGUUCUGUCGACAUUUUGAAUCUGCUGUUUUCUAUUUCAUCAGGUGGCGUAAUUAUGGUUCCAUCGGCAGUUGUGUACACAAACCCAUUCACUGUCUUUCCGGCUGAUGAUGAUGCAAAUGCUGGUUUCAUUGAUAUGACAAAACCACCAUCAAGUGAUCCAACAAAACAACCUACAGAACCCGUUCCAGAUAUUUCAAAGACUUCCCAUUCAAAAGAAACCAAAUUACAAAUGAAACUAACCACUGAACCAGCAGGAUCGUUCAAAAAAGCACCAUUCAACGAGAAAUUAUAA